AUGAUUAUUCUGGCUCGCUUGCCCCGUUUUGUGCAGAGCUUCCAAUACGGGCACAGAAGCAGUCGGGUCGCUCCGAUGGCCUUGCACGUGCCAUGGCAUCCUUUCCAAUUCGGAGACAUUUUGAUCACCAUGCCGGGCCUUUGCCUGAUCGGUUUGUUGCACUGCGUCACAGUGUUCUUCGAGAUGGCCAUUGUGGAAGCAAUGUCGGCAGCAGGUCAUUUCAAAGAGACUUUGUCUCCCUUAAUUCUUGUAUUCUCUGCCAGCGUCGUGACUGUGUUCUACACCUUGCCAGCAAUCCUUUCGGUGGCUUUUGUCUACUUUGGUGAAGUGACGAAGCCUUGCUUGUUGGGCGCAGUGGUGGCUGUUCUCGCAUGCAAAAUUGCAGCUGAGCUUGCUGCUUCCAGCCCAAUUGCUUCGUUCUUGAAGUGGACGGUGGCUCCCGUCCUUUUCUGUGCAAUUUCGUUGUGCAAUGUUUGGCGUUUCUCGUGCUGUGUGGCCAUUCUGCUCUUGAUGAAGUUCGGUUUGGCAAAACUCAGCGAAAACUUCAAGUCCCCAAGACCUGCACCUGGUGAUCCUCUGCGUAUCUUGUGUCUCGGGGACAGCUUCUACCCAUACAUGGAUGGAGUUCAGACUUUCACCACCAAUACCAUUCAGCAGUUGACACAUAUGGGGCACGAGGUCCACGUUUUCACGUCGGUGGCUGGCCCAGACAAGCUGUUUGGUGUGGAUGUCACACGUGGAGCUGGCAUGGGUGGGAAUUAUCCAGGUCACUCGCUGACGCUGCCAAGCCCUGCACUUUUUCGAGCAUUGACCUUCCGUCCUCAUUUGGUCCACUUGUUCGACACGUGUCCCAUAGCGCUGCUCACCAGCUUUGUGCUAUGGCUCUUGGACAUACCCUAUGUUUGGUCUCAUCACACACGUAUCGACCACUACGUGCAGUUCUUGCCUCAGCCUGGACCCCUGGUUGGAAUAUCAGUGCUCCGAGCCUUUGGCACCCUCAUGUGCAACUUGUGCAGUACGCACAUGAUGGUAGAUGACGCCAUGAGGAAUGAGACGCCUUGGUUGCAGAACGUGGACGACGGUUGCAAGUUCUUCUGGAAAUCAGGUUGUGAUGUAAACAUUUUUACUCCGGAAGCGCGGUCGCAAUCAACACGGGAGUGGAUAAGUGGCGGACGGCCUGAUUUGCCAGUGGUUGCAUUUGUCGGCCGCAUGGCAUACGAGAAGAACAUCAAAUUGCUUCCAGAUUUGAUCAGAAAGUUCACGGAGGCAGGCUUAGAGAACAAAUGUCGAUGGGUGAUCGUCGGCAGUGGUCCAGCCGACAACGACGUUCGAAGUCAGUUGGAGGGCUUCGACAAUGUUGUUUUCACAGGUCGGUUGGGCAAGGAAGAACUCGCCAAAGUUUAUGCUUCCGCAGAUAUGCUUUUCAAUCCCACCGUGACGGGCGGAUGCGAUCUGGUUCUGCUAGAAGCGCAGGCUGCUGGCCUUGCGGUUGUGGCACCUCGAUUGCCGGUGAUUUCCAUAGUAGUGGGCGAUGGAGUGCGGGGAAAGCUGUACGAGCCCUUGAACAUGGAAGAUGCAAAGAGGGCAGUGCUAGAGUGUAUUGCUGAUUUGGACCGGUUAAAGGCGCCCACCCGAGCUCAUGCAGAAGCCGAGUUUGCGUGGGACCGCGUCAUUGCGGAUGCCGUGAAGAUGUACCGGAAAGCACUGACUACGCCCAGCCGGUAUUGA